AUGGGAUUUAAUCAAUCUAAAGCAGACCCUUCUCUGUUCACAAAAGGAUAUGGCUCAGAAUUCUUGGCUCUGCUCAUUUACGUGGAUGACAUAUUGGUUGCUAGCCCCAACUUGAGUUUAAUUCAAGAGCUUAAAACACACCUUGAUAAUGCCUUCAAAAUCAAGGACUUAGGCACUCUAGGCUUCUUUCUGGGAAUUGAAGCACAUUUGGAUAGCUCAGGUCUGAACCUAUGCCAACGUAAAUACACCUUGGACAUUCUAAGUGAUUCCGGAUUUCUCGACUGCAAGCCGGUCAGUACACCUAUGGUUCCUGGCCAUCAUUUGGAUAAAGAUAAUGGUACGCCCCUAAGUGAUGCUGGAAGUUACAAAAGGCUAGUAGGGCGAUUAUUGUACCUUACGGCAACCCGGCCAGAAAUCACUUAUGUAGUACAGCAGCUUAGCCAAUUUGUUGAUGCUCCUACCAAUGAACACUUCACUGCUGCACACCGUAUUCUGCGUUACAUCAAUAAGGCGCCUGGUCAGGGUAUUUUCUAUCCAAAAGGUGAUCACUUACAGCUCAAAGUUUUCUCCGAUUCUGACUGGGCUACUUGCUCGACAACACGCAAAUCCAUCACUGGAUUUUGUGUGUUUUUAGGAUCAGCCCUUAUCUCGUGGAGAUCAAAGAAGCAGGCCACAGUCUCCCGGUCGUCCUCCGAAGCGGAGUAUCGCGCUCUUGCUGCCACAGUUUGUGAGGUACAAUGGCUCACCUAUCUUCUUAAAGAUUUGCAAGUAGACUUAAGCAGACCAGCAGCUGUUUUUUGCGACAAUAAAUCGGCUGUGGCUAUCGCUGAAAAUCACGUCUUUCACGAAAGAACUAAGCAUAUCGAGAUUGAUUGCCAUAUUGUUCGGGAGAAAGUCACUCAAGGCUUGAUCAAGUUACUAUCCAUUCCAUCUUCAAGCCAAGUUGCCGAUGGCUUUACCAAAGCUCUCCCCACCUCGAUGUUUAACUUGUUUGUUUCUAAGCUGGGCGUACAAGAUCUGCACGCUCCAGCUUACCGGGGGGUAUUGGAGGAUAACGUGAAUAAAGAAGAGAAAGGAGAGAAGGGAAACAAAUUAAAUUCAUUAUAUGUUAAUCAGUUGUAA